ACCGUUUCUGGGUUCCUCUAUCUCCACUAUCUCCACAGUUGUUGAAAUUAAGACGAUGACAAAGUUCCUAGAUUGGUACUUGAAGAUUGCUUUCGACUCUGCUCUCGUCGGAGCUUCCAUGGAGUUGUUCAUGAUCAAAACCGGCUUCUGUGUGAGAACCCUCCAUUUUGCUUUCCUCUCUUCACUUCCAAUUUACCAUUUUGUUUAAGUUUAUGAUUCAAUUUGCCAACAAGGGUAAUCGUUAAAAGGUAAUAUUGUUGAAUUUUUGGUGGUAGAAAGGGGGGGAGAGAGAACUUAGAGGAGAAGGAGAGACACCCGGAGUUUUCUUUUUGGUGAGGUGAAAACUCAACUUCUUUCAUUUAUCUUCUGCCAUCAUAUAGCAGAAAUCUCAUAAUACAUGAACACUAAUUUCUACCUAAUACAAUAAAUUUUUCUACCUAACAGAUUGACUAAUUUGUGCAACUCCAUGUGGUUGUCACCUAGCUGUUAUUGUGCUGUUGUUGCAGCUCUCACUUGUUUUCAUUUGCUGCCACUGUGUCGCAGCUUUGACACCACAACUCCCACAAAUAUGCUAUAUAGCCUUUUUCUUUUCUGGGACACUUUUGAUGUUGUAUGAAUCUUACAAUGGAGGAGAAAUGGUAAAGAUUUUUGCUCUUUAGAUUUUCUGAUUUUGGCUGGGAGUUAUCUUGGUUGUUGGAUAUUUAACAUGUUGAAUCUAAUGAAUGUGGAACUUCUUUAGUUUCUGAAAGCAAACACUGUUAAACCUAGUUUGAGUGGAAGCUUAAGGACGAGUUGGUGGUGAUUAGUUUUUGACGUGUUGUGUACCACCGGUUGAUUUCAGUCAACUCCCCUCAAUGACCCUGAAAGUAGUUUGAACUUUGAAGUAUACGUCUAUUCUGCAAGAAAUUUGGACUGGGAACUUUCUCAUGUACAUGCUAUUUGGUAUUCUCGUUAUCCUACUUCUUGGUAAUUCUUCACUUAACCUUUGGUUUUACUGAGCUGUAGAUGAUAAAGUGACAGUUCUGGAGUCAGAGAAACGAGCUUGGGAGAGCUCCCCAGAGGCUCAAGCAAUCAGAGAAGCACUUAAUCCUUGGAGAAAUAAUGAUGAGCAAGCCCAAAAAAGUUCCUGAGAUUUCUAUUGCUGGAAAACCAUUUUUUUCUUUCUUACCAUGAGGAAGAAGAUAAUUUAUUUCCAAAGAAGAUCAUCAUGAGAUAUACUGGCACUAAACAUCUUCCUAGUUAGCAAUGCAGCGUUCGUUUCCAACAUGUGAGGUUUUGUAUUUUAACAUCUUGAGAUUGUCUCAAUGGCUUAAUUUGUAUUCUGGUUAGUUGUAUUUUCCUCAUUUCCGGAAUACGAGAGAAGUUUUAUGGAAUGUACGCAGAGGGGACCUUUUUGAUUGGUCAUUCCUUUUAUUAAUUAAAUAUCACAGUACAAU